AUGUCCAGCAAAACUGAGAAGCGGCGGCGGCCUGGCCCCCGUGGGGGGAGCCAGGUUGGACGAGCUGCUCAGGUUGCUCAGGUUGCUCAGGCCGAGCUGACUGCACAGGCUCCGGUGGAGAGCACCCUGCCUGCUGAACAGGAGCCCAAAAUGGAGCCUUUCAAGGAGAAGCCUGAAACAUCACCUGAGGAACCUGAAGAAUUGUCCCCAGAAUUAGAGGCUGCAAAGGGAGAUGUGAAGCCCCUUUUCAUCUCUCAAGCUGCAUUGACAGGACUUGAGGAUGCCACGUGGACAGAGGAGCAUGAUGCCAUUCUGGAACACUUUGCUCAGGAUCCUACAGAGCACAUUCUCACCAUUUAUAUUGAUCCCUAUGCUGGGCUGAAGUUAGAUAUGGGCAUGCCUGUACAGGACCAGAACCAGAUUGUCUACUACAUUCGCCGUGCACCAGUUCCCAUCACUCCAGAGAACUUUCACACAACCAUACAGUUUGGGACGAUUAGAGGUGCCUACAUACCAGCCCUGCUUCGGCUGCUCAGUGGAGUCUAUGCUCCUCAGAUAUUUGCAAACAACACCUGGCCCGAGAGCAUUCGAAACCAGUUUGCUUCUCAUUUCCACAGUUUCUUAUCAUGUCUGACAGACACUCGGUACAAACUGGAGGGCCGCACAGUUCUCUACAUCCCUGCGGAGGCCAUGAACAUGAAGCCUGAGGUGGUGGUAAAAGACAAGGAGUUGGUACAGCGGCUAGAAAUCAUCGUGAUCCACUGGACCCGUCAGAUAAAGGAGAUGCUCAGUGCCCAAGAAACAGCGGAGACAGGAGAAAGUUUAGGUCCUCUGGAGGAGAUUGAGUUCUGGCGCAACCGAUGUAUGGACCUGUCUGGUAUCAGUAAACAACUGGUGAAGCAAGGAGUGAAACAUAUUGAGAACAUUCUACACCUUUCCAAGUCAUCCUAUUUGGCACCCUUUAUGAAGAUGGCCCAGCAAAUCCAGGAUGGCUUUUGUCAAGCACAGUCAAACCUGACCUUUUUGUCAGUCCUGAAAGAACCCUGCCAGGAAUUGGCUUGCAUGCGACCUAAGGACAUCUCCAGUAAACUCCCUAAAUUGAUCAGUCUGAUCCGCAUUAUCUGGGUCAACUCUCCCCAUUACAACACUCGGGAGAGAAUGACCUCCCUCUUCCGGAAGGUAUGUGACUGUCAGUACCACUUUGCCCGCUGGGAAGAUGGCAAGCAAGGUCCCCUCCCUUGCUUUUCUGGCGCCCAAGGGCCACAGAUAACACGGAACCUGCUGGAGAUUGAGGAUAUCUUUCAUAAAAACUUGCACAGGCUGCGAGCUGUUCGAGGGGGCAUUCUGGAUGUCAAGAACAUAUCUUGGCAUGAAGACUACAAUAGAUUCCGUGCUGGGGUCAAGGACUUGGAGGUUAUGACUCAGAAUUUGAUCACCUCGGCCUUCGAGUUCGUCCGAGAUGUGGAACAUGGAGUGCUACUCUUGGACGCUUUCCACAGACUUGCAACCCGUGAGGCUAUAAAGCGAACGUAUGACAAGAAAGCAGUAGACCUCUACAUGCUGUUCAAGAGUGAACUAGCCCUUGUGAAUCAUGAGUUAAACAAGAAACAGCCAUACCUGGAGCCUUUCAUGGCCCAGUAUUCUGGAUACGCACACUUCUUAAGGAGCCUUCGGCAUCGCCUCGAUAGAGUUAUGAGUUGCCUUUCUAGUGCUCACUUCCUGCCCCAUACUGGCACUGGAGAAGAGAGUAUACACACCUAUCAGCAGACGGUUCAGGCCAUUGAUGAACUGGUUCGAAAAACCUUCCAAAGGUGGACAUCGACGCUGGACAAAGAUUGCAUUCGGCGACUGGAUACUCCAUUGUUACGCAUCAGCCAGGAGAAGGCUGGCAUGCUGGAUGUCAACUUUGACAAGUCCCUACUGAUUCUCUUUGUGGAGAUUGACUACUGGGAGCGACUGCUGUUUGAGACACCCCGUUAUGUGGUGAAUGUGGCAGAACGAGCUGAGGACUUACGCAUUCUCCGUGAAAACUUGCUACUUGUUGCUAGAGACUACAAUAGGAUUAUUGCCACGCUUUCCCCCGAUGAGCAGGCCCUAUUCAAAGAGCGUAUCCAAUUCUUGGAUAAGAAAAUCCAGCCUGGACUCAAGAAAUUGCACUGGGCUUUGAAGGGAGCCAGUGCCUUCUUCAUCACAGAGUGUCGCAUCCAUGCCAGCAAGGUGCAGAUGAUUGUAAAUGAGUUCAAGGCAUCCACUCUGACCAUUGGCUGGCGAGCCCAAGAGAUGUCAGAGACACUGCUGGUGCGUAUUACUGGCAAGCGGAUAUACCAAGACCUGGAAUUUGAGGAGGACCAAAAGGGGCAUCGGGAAGCUGUGCAGCAGAAAUUGAUGAGUCUGUACCAGGAUGUGGUUGGUAUCAUGACCAACUCCUAUGAGGUCUUCAAGAAUGAUGGUCCUGAGAUUCAGCAGCAGUGGAUGCUAUACACAAUUAAACUGGAUCGCAUGAUGGAGGAUGCUCUGCGCCUGAAUGUGAAGUGGUCCCUGCUGGAACUGUCCAAGGCCAUCAGUGGAGAUGGGAAGACUACCCCAAAUCCACUCUUCAGAGUCCUUGUUAUUUUGCAGAGUGACAUGCGGGGGGCUGUAGCACAGGUGGAAUUCUCACCCACUCUGCAGACUUUGGCAGGUGUAGUCAAUGACAUUGGCCACCACCUUAUCUCUACCAUCUCUGUAUUCCGCCACCUCCCUGACAUUCUCAUCAGGUGCAAGUAUCAUCGAGAACCCAUCCAUGUACUUGUGGAGCGAGAUGAGGACAUCAAGAAGAUUCAGGCCCAGAUCAGCAGUGGUAUGACUGCCAAUGCAAGCCUUCUGCAGAACUACCUCAAGACUUGGGAUAUGUAUCGGGAAAUCUGGGAGAUCAACAAGGAUUCUUUCAUUCGCCGAUAUCAGCGCCUCAAUCCUACUGUCUCUUCCUUUGAUGCCGACAUUGCCCGCUACACGGAGGUUGCCAAUAAUGUGCAGAAGGAGGAGACUCUUGUCAACAUCCAGUUUGUGCUGCUGGACUGUUCGCACCUCCAGUUCUCACUGGUGCAGCACUGUAACGAGUGGCAGAACAAAUUCACGUCUCUGCUUAAGGAGAUGGCAGCUGGGCGCCUGCUGGAGCUGCACACCUACCUGAAGGAGAAUGCGGAGAAAAUUAGUCACUUGCCCCAGACACUGGAGGAACUAGGGGUCAGUUUGGAACUCAUGGACACCCUACAGCAUGACCUACCCAAUCUAGAGACCCAGAUCCCCCCCAUUCAUGAACAAUUCACCAUCCUCGAAAAGUAUGAAGUGACGGUUCAGGACAGCGUAUUGGAGAUGCUUGACAGUCUAAAUGGAGAGUGGGUCAUUUUCCAACAAGUUCUGAUUGACAGUGAACAAAUGCUGAAGAAACACAAGGAGAAAUUCAAGACAGGCCUUAUUCACUCAGCUGGUGAUUUCAAGAAGAAAGCACAUAAUCUUUUGGAAGAUUUUGAAUUCAAAGGUCCUUUCACUAGCCACGUGGGACACACGCCUGCCCUAGAUCAGAUUGCACAAGUACGGGCCAUGCUGAUGUCCAUGCGGGAUGAAGAAAACUCUCUCCGCACCAACCUGGGCAUCUUCAAGAUUGAGCAACCGGUCUCCAAGGACCUCCAGAACUUGGAGAAGGAGCUUGAUGCUCUGCAGCAAGUCUGGGAGAUCACACGGGACUGGGAGGAGAACUGGAACCAAUGGAAGACUGGCCGGUUCCUGACUCUGCAGACAGAGACUAUGGAGACCAUGGCCCAUGGACUGUUCCGUCGCCUCACAAGACUAGCUAAAGAAUAUAAGGACCGAAACUGGGAAAUUAUUGAAACCACUCGAUUGAAAAUAGAACACUUCAAGAGGACCAUGCCUCUCAUUGCAGAUCUGCGGAAUCCAGCCCUUAGAGAGAGGCACUGGGAUCAGGUAAGGGAUGAAGUCCAAUGGGAGUUUGACCAGGAAUCAGAAAGCUUCACGUUGGAGCAGAUUGUGGAGCUUGGCAUGGAUCAGCAUGAGAAAAUCAGGGAGAUAUCUGCCUCAGCAACCAAAGAGCUGGCAAUAGAAUUGGCAUUACAGAACAUUGCCAAGACCUGGGAUGUGAUCCAGCUAGACAUAGUACCCUAUAAAGACAAAGGCCACCACCGACUCAGAGGUACAGAAGAAGUAUUCCAGGCUCUGGAGGAUAACCAGGUGUCUUUGUCCACCAUGAAGGCAUCUCGUUUUGUCAGGCCCUUUGAGAAGGAGGUGGAUCACUGGGAACGCUGCCUCUCCCUCAUUCUGGAGGUUAUUGAGACAGUGCUUACAGUGCAGCUUCAGUGGAUGUACUUGGAGAAUAUCUUCCUGGGAGAGGACAUCCGCAAGCAGCUGCCCAAUGAAUCAGCCUUAUUUGAUGAGGUCAGUGCCACCUGGAAAUCCAUCAUGGACCGGAUGAACAAGGACAACAAUGCUCUCCGGAGUACCCACUAUCCAGGCCUUCUGGAAAGACUGAUGGAAAUGAACAUAAUCCUAGAAGAUAUUCAGAAGUCUCUGGACAUGUAUUUAGAGACCAAGCGUCAUACUUUCCCCCGCUUCUACUUCUUGUCCAAUGACGACCUCCUGGAGAUCUUGGGCCAGUCACGCAACCCAGAGGCUGUACAGCCACACCUCAAAAAAUGCUUUGACAACAUCAAAUUGCUGAGGAUCCAAAAGGUCAGGGGCCCCAGCAGCAAGUGGGAAGCUGUGGGAAUGUUCUCUGGUGAUGGCGAGUAUAUUAAUUUCCUCCACUCAGUAAUUUUGGAAGGACCUGUGGAGGUCUGGCUUGGUGAGGUAGAACGCAACAUGAGAAUGACCCUGCGGGACCUUCUUCGGAACUGCCGCCUGGCCCUGAAGAAGUUCCUUAACAAGAGGGACAAAUGGGUGAAGGAGUGGGCUGGCCAGAUGGUGAUCACGGCUAGUCAGAUUCAGUGGACAGCUGAUGUCACCAAGUGCCUGCAGACAGCCAAGGAGCGGGGAGACAAGAAAAUCCUCAAAGUCAUGAAGAAGAAGCAGGUGUCAAUACUGAAUAAGUAUUCAGAAGCCAUCAGAGGGAACUUAACCAAGAUCAUGCGGCUUAAAAUUGUGGCUCUGGUGACCAUAGAAAUCCAUGCCCGGGAUGUGUUGGAAAAGCUUUAUAAGAGUGGUCUCAUGGAUGUCAAUUCAUUUGACUGGCUCAGUCAACUUCGGUUCUACUGGGAGAAGGAUCUUGAUGACUGUGUGAUCCGCCAGACCAACACACAAUUUCAGUACAGUUAUGAGUACUUGGGUAACUCUGGCCGGCUUGUCGUCACCCCACUGACAGACAGGUGCUACAUGACACUGACCACAGCAUUACACCUACACCGAGGGGGCUCCCCCAAAGGUCCAGCCGGCACAGGAAAGACCGAGACUGUCAAGGACUUGGGCAAGGCCCUUGGUAUAUAUGUCAUUGUGGUUAACUGUUCGGAGGGCCUGGACUACAAAUCCAUGGGCCGAAUGUACUCAGGCCUGGCCCAGACUGGAGCUUGGGGCUGUUUUGAUGAGUUUAACCGCAUCAACAUCGAAGUCCUGUCAGUGGUGGCUCAGCAGAUCGUUUCUAUCCUCUCAGCCUUGACUGCCGGCCUCACUCGUUUCCAUUUUGAGGGUUUUGAAAUAAAUCUCGUGUGGUCCUGUGGGAUCUUCAUUACCAUGAAUCCUGGCUAUGCUGGUCGCACAGAGCUUCCUGAUAAUCUUAAAUCCAUGUUUCGUCCAAUUGCCAUGGUGGUGCCUGAUUCUACCCUUAUUGCAGAAAUCAUUCUCUUUGGAGAGGGCUUUGGCAACUGCAAGAUUCUGGCUAAGAAGGUGUAUACUCUUUACUCACUGGCUGUGCAGCAACUCUCCAGACAGGCCCAUUAUGACUUUGGCCUACGUGCCCUCACCUCCCUCCUGCGCUAUGCUGGCAAGAAGCGCCGCCUACAGCCAGAUCUAACUGAUGAAGAGGUUUUGCUGCUCUCAAUGAGAGAUAUGAAUAUUGCCAAGCUGAAUUCAGUUGAUGUGCCACUAUUCAAUGCCAUUGUACAAGAUCUAUUCCCCAGCAUUGAGCUGCCUGUCAUUGACUAUGGAAAGCUGCGGGAGACCAUUGAGCAGGAGGUUCGAGAUCUAGGACUUCAGGCUACACGAUUCACGCUCACCAAGGUUAUCCAGUUGUAUGAAACCAAGAACUCCCGUCACUCCACGAUGAUUGUGGGCUGCACAGGCAGUGGCAAGACUGCCUGCUGGCGAAUUCUGCAGUUGUCCUUAUCUAACCUGAGCCGCGCUGGAGAUCCCAACUUCAACAUUGUUAGAGAAUUCCCAUUGAACCCAAAGGCCUUAUCCCUGGGGGAGCUCUAUGGGGAAUAUGACCUCAACACUAAUGAAUGGACAGAUGGUAUCUUGUCUAGUGUCAUGCGGACAACAUGUGCAGACGAGAAACCUGAUGAAAAGUGGAUCCUUUUUGAUGGCCCUGUGGACACACUGUGGAUUGAGAGCAUGAACUCUGUCAUGGAUGAUAACAAAGUGUUGACUCUCAUCAAUGGAGAGCGCAUUGCAAUGCCUGAGCAGGUGUCUCUCCUGUUUGAAGUGGAGAACUUGUCAGUGGCCUCUCCAGCCACUGUAUCACGCUGUGGGAUGGUCUAUACUGACUAUGUUGACCUGGGUUGGAAGCCGUAUGUUCAGUCAUGGCUGGAGAAGAGGCCAAAGGCUGAGGUAGAGCUCCUUCAACGCAUGUUUGAGAAGUUCAUCAACAAGAUUCUGGCGUUUAAGAAGGACAACUGUAAUGAGUUAGUGCCGCUUCCUGAAUACAGUGGCAUCAUCUCCCUCUGCAAGCUGUACUCGGCACUGGCCACACCAGAGAAUGGGUUGAUUCCAGCUGAUGGUGAAAACUUUGCCUCUAUGGUGGAAAUGACAUUUGUGUUCAGCAUGAUCUGGUCUGUUUGUGCUUCUGUGGAUGAGGAGGGCCGCAAGAAGAUCGACAGUUACCUCCGAGAGAUUGAGGGAUCCUUUCCCAAUAAGGACACCGUGUAUGAGUACUUUGUGGACCCCAAGGUGCGGAGUUGGACAUCAUUUGAGGAAAAACUUCCUAAGAGUUGGCGCUACCCUCCAAAUACCCCCUUCUAUAAAAUCAUGGUGCCCACUGUCGACACUGUUCGCUACAACUACCUGGUGAGCGCCUUGGUGUACCACCAGAAUCCCAUCCUUCUGGUGGGUCCUGUGGGGACUGGGAAGACGUCCAUCGCCCAGAGUGUCCUGCAGUCUUUGCCCUCCAGCCAGUGGUCAGUGCUCUCUGUCAACAUGUCUGCUCAGACUACAUCCAAUAAUGUGCAGAGCAUCAUUGAAAGCAGGGUAGAGAAGCGAACCAAGGGUGUCUAUGUGCCAUUUGGAGGCAAAAGUAUGAUCACCUUCAUGGAUGACUUGAAUAUGCCAGCUAAGGACAUGUUUGGCUCCCAGCCACCCCUGGAGCUGAUUCGCUUCUGGAUUGAUUAUGGCUUCUGGUAUGAUCGUUCGAAACAAAUCAUGAAGUACAUUCGAGACAUGUUCUUGAUGGCUGCCAUGGGUCCUCCAGGGGGCGGACGGACUGUCAUCUCUCCAAGACUACAGAGUCGCUUCAACAUCAUCAACAUGACCUUUCCCACAGAGUCCCAGAUCUCCCGAAUAUUUGGCACCAUGAUCAAUCAGAAGCUUCAGGAUUUUGAGGAAGAAGUGAAGCCCAUCGGGAAUGUGGUGACUGAAGCUACCUUAGAUGUGUACAAUACUGUGGUACAGCGCUUCCUGCCCACACCUGCCAAGAUCCAUUACCUCUUCAACCUUCGAGACAUCUCCAAGGUGUUCCAGGGCAUGCUGAGAGCCAACAAGGACUUCCAUGACACCAAGUCUAGCAUUACACGCCUGUGGAUCCAUGAAUGCUUCCGAGUCUUCUCUGACCGGCUGGUUGAUGCAACAGAUAUGGAGGCCUUCCUGGGCAUCAUAAGCGACAAACUUGGAUCCUUCUUUGACCUCACAUUUCACAAUCUCUGUCCCAACAAACGUUCUCCCAUCUUUGGGGACUUCCUAAAGGAGCCCAAGGUGUAUGAAGACCUGACUGACCUAACAGUGCUGAAGACAGCCAUGGAGACAGCCCUAAAUGAGUACAACCUGUCACCUGCUGUCGUGCCAAUGCAGCUGGUGCUCUUCCGAGAGGCUAUCGAACACAUCACUCGGAUCGUGCGAGUAAUUGGACAGCCUCGGGGCAACAUGCUCUUGGUGGGCAUUGGGGGCAGUGGGCGCCAGAGUCUGGCCCGCCUGGCUUCAUCCAUCUGCGAGUACAUCACCUUCCAGAUUGAAGUCACCAAACAUUAUCGAAAACAGGAGUUCAGAGAUGAUAUUAAGUGUCUGUAUCGUCAGGCUGGGGUAGAUCUCAAGGCUACAUCCUUCCUCUUUGUGGACACCCAAAUUGCUGAUGAGUCGUUUCUAGAAGACAUCAACAACAUUCUCAGCUCAGGAGAGGUCCCUAAUCUCUAUAAGACUGAUGAAUUUGAAGAGAUCCAGACGUGCAUAAUAGAGCAAGCCCGGGCAGAACAGGUGCCUGAGACAUCCGACAGCCUCUUUGCUUACCUCAUUGAACGUGUGAGGAACAACCUGCACAUUGUGCUCUGCCUCAGCCCUGUGGGAGAUCCCUUUAGAAACUGGAUCCGCCAGUACCCAGCCUUGGUGAACUGCACAACCAUCAACUGGUUCUCAGAGUGGCCCCGUGAGGCCCUGCUAGAGGUGGCUGAGAAGUACCUUAUUGGAGUAGACCUAGGAACUCAGGAAAAUAUCCACAAGAAAGUAGCCCAAAUCUUUGUCACCAUGCACUGGUCAGUGGUUCAACAUUCCCAGAAGAUGUUGCUGGAGCUGCGAAGAUACAACUACGUCACACCCACCAACUACCUGGAGCUUGUGUCUGGAUAUAAGAAGUUGCUGGGAGAGAAGCGGCAGGAGCUGCUGGACCAAGCCAAUAAGCUGCGGACAGGAUUGUUUAAGAUUGAUGAAACCAGGGAAAAGGUGGAGGUGAUGUCCCUGGAGCUGGAAGAUGCCAAAAAGAAGGUGGCUGAGUUUCAGAAACAGUGUGAGGAGUACCUGGUCAUCAUCGUGAAGCAGAAGCGGGAGGCGGACGAGCAGCAGAAGGCAGUGACAGCCAACAGUGAGAAGAUUGCAGUUGAGGAAAUCAAGUGUCAAGCUCUGGCUGACAAUGCCCAGAAGGAUCUAAAAGAGGCCCUGCCAGCCCUGGAAGAGGCCAUGAGGGCCCUUGAGUCUCUGAACAAGAAGGAUAUAGGAGAGAUCAAGUCCUAUGGACGGCCACCCACCCAAGUGGAGAUAGUAAUGCAAGCAGUCAUGAUUCUCCGAGGCAAUGAACCCACUUGGGCAGAGGCCAAGAGACAGCUAGGAGAACAGAACUUCAUUAAGUCCCUCAUCAACUUUGAUAAAGACAAUAUCUCAGACAAGGUGCUGAAGAAGAUUGGGGCCUAUUGUGCCCAGCCUGACUUCCAACCUGAUAUCAUUGGCCGUGUCUCCCUUGCUGCCAAGUCCCUCUGCAUGUGGGUACGGGCCAUGGAGCUAUACGGACGUCUGUAUCGGGUGGUGGAGCCCAAGCGGGCCCGAAUGAACGCCGCCUUGGCUCAGCUUCAGGAGAAGCAGGCAGCACUAGCUGAAGCCCAAGAGAAACUCCGUGAGGUGGCUGAGAAACUGGAGAUGUUGAAGAAGCAGUAUGCUGAGAAGCUGGCACAGAAGGAGGAGCUGCGCAAGAAGUCUGAGGAGAUGGAGCUCAAGUUGGAGCGAGCCGGCAUGUUGAUGUCUGGCUUAGCUGGUGAGAAGGCCCGGUGGGAAGAGACAGUAAAGGGCUUGGAAGAAAACCUAGGCUACCUUGUAGGAGACUGUCUCCUGGCUGCCGCCUUCUUGUCCUACCUGGGACCCUUCCUGACCAACUACCGGGAUGAGAUUGUCAAUCAAAUCUGGAUCAAGAAGAUAUGGGAUCUGCAGGUUCCUUGCUCACCUCACUUUACCUUCGAUAAUUUCCUGUCCAACCCUACCAAAGUUCGAGACUGGAACAUCCAGGGGCUGCCUUCAGAUGCCUUCUCCACUGAAAAUGGCAUCAUAGUCACCAGGGGCAACAGGUGGGCACUGAUGAUUGAUCCUCAGGCCCAGGCCCUGAAGUGGAUUAAGAACAUGGAAGGAAGCCAGGGCCUCAGAAUCAUUGACCUGCAGAUGAACAAUUAUCUUCAAAUCUUAGAACAGGCCAUCCAGUUUGGACAUCCAGUGCUGCUACAGAACGUGCAGGAAUAUCUGGACCCUACAAUCAACCCUGUGCUCAACAAAGCUAUAGCUCGAAUUGGUGGUCGGCUACUGAUGCGCAUUGGAGAUAAGGAGGUGGAAUACAAUCCCAAUUUCCGAUUCUACAUCACCACAAAGCUCUCCAACCCCCACUAUAGCCCAGAAACCUCAGCCAAGACCACCAUUGUCAACUUUGCUGUUAAAGAACAGGGCCUGGAGGCACAACUGUUGGGCAUUGUGGUCCGGAAGGAAAAGCCUGAGCUGGAGGAGCAGAAAGACACACUAGUCAUCAACAUUGCUGCUGGCAAGAGGAAGCUCAAGGAGCUGGAGGAUGAGAUCCUUCGGUUGCUGAAUGAGGCCACAGGCUCCCUGCUGGAUGACGUACAGCUGGUGAACACCCUGAGAACCUCCAAGAUAACUGCCACUGAGGUGACAGAGCAGCUGGAGACCAGCGAAACCACAGAGAUCAACAUUGACUUGGCCCGAGAAGCUUACCGCCCAUGUGCCCAGAGGGCAUCUGUACUAUUCUUCGUGCUCAAUGACAUGGGCCACAUCGACCCCAUGUACCAAUUUUCACUGGAUGCGUACAUCAGCCUAUUUAUCCUCAGCAUUGACAAGAGCCACCGCAGCAAUAAACUGGAAGACCGCAUUGACAACUUGAAUGAGUACCACACCUACGCUGUCUACAGGUACACCUGUCGCACCCUUUUUGAGCGCCACAAGUUAUUAUUCAGCUUUCAGAUGUGUGCCAAAAUCCUGGAGGCUUCUGGCAAGCUCAACAUGGAUGAAUACAACUUCUUUCUACGUGGUGGUGUGGUCCUAGACCGGGAGGGCCAAAUGGACAAUCCAUGUACUAGUUGGCUUGCAGACGCCUACUGGGAUAACAUCACAGAGCUAGAUAAACUGACCAAUUUCCAUGGACUCAUGAACUCCUUUGAGCAGUACCCUCGUGACUGGCACCGAUGGUACACCAAUGCCACUCCGGAGAAAGCUAUGCUGCCAGGAGAGUGGGAGAAUGUCUGCAACGAAAUGCAACGGAUGUUGAUUGUUCGUUCUCUGCGCCAGGACCGAGUGGCUUUCUGCGUCACCUCUUUCAUCAUCAACAACCUUGGCUCCCGCUUCAUUGAGCCUCCUGUGCUUAACAUGAAGUUGGUGAUGGAGGAUUCAACUCCAAGAACCCCACUUAUAUUCAUCCUAUCACCUGGUGUGGACCCCACCAGCGCCCUGCUUCAGCUAGCAGAGCAGACAGGAAUGGCACAGCGCUUCAACGCCUUGUCCCUGGGCCAGGGCCAGGCCCCUAUAGCUGCUCGGCUCCUCAGAGAGGGUGUGAUUCAGGGACACUGGGUGUUCCUGGCUAACUGCCACCUGUCCUUGUCUUGGAUGCCUCAUCUGGAUAAGCUGGUGGAACAGCUGCAGGUGGAGGAUCCUCACCCUGCCUUCCGCCUCUGGCUCAGCUCCAGUCCCCAUCCAGACUUCCCUAUCUCCAUCUUGCAGGCCAGCAUCAAGAUGACCACAGAACCACCAAAGGGCCUAAAGGCCAACAUGACACGUCUUUACCAAUUGAUGACAGAACCACAGUUUUCCCACUGCUCCAAACCUGCCAAGUAUAAGAAGCUGUUGUUUGCUCUUUGCUUCUUCCACUCCGUGUUGCUUGAACGCAAAAAGUUCUUGCAGCUUGGCUGGAACAUCAUCUAUGGCUUUAAUGACUCUGACUUUGAGGUGUCAGAGAACCUGCUAAGCCUCUAUCUGGAUGAGUAUGAGGAGACACCCUGGGAUGCACUUAAGUACCUCAUUGCUGGUGUUAACUACGGUGGACAUGUUACAGAUGACUGGGAUCGGCGCCUGCUCACCACCUACAUCAAUGACUAUUUCUGCGACCAGACUCUAUCAACACCCUCCUACCGGUUUUCUGUGCUGGAGACCUACUUUGUCCCAAAAGAUGGGAACCUGGCCUCUUACAAGGAGUACAUUAGCAUGUUGCCUGGCAUGGACCCCCCUGAGGCCUUUGGCCAGCACCCCAAUGCUGAUGUGGCCUCCCAGAUCACAGAGGCACGGACUCUUUUUGAGACUCUACUUUCCUUGCAACCCCAGAUCACACCCACCAGGGCUGGGGGACAGAGCCGGGAGGAGAAGGUCCUUGAGUUGGCUACUGAUGUGAAACAAAAGAUUCCUGAGAUGAUUGACUAUGAGGGGACCCGAAAACUGCUGGCUCUGGACCCUUCCCCUCUCAAUGUUGUCCUUCUGCAGGAGAUUCAGAGAUACAACAAGCUGAUAGAGAUCAUCCUGUUCUCACUGACAGACCUAGAAAAAGGCAUCCAGGGCGUCAUCGUCAUGUCUACAAGCCUGGAAGAGAUUUUCAAUUGCAUCUUUGAUGCUCAUGUCCCUCCACUCUGGGGAAAGGCAUAUCCCUCGCAAAAACCAUUGGCUGCGUGGACCCGGGACUUGGCCAUGCGUGUGGAGCAGUUUGAGUUGUGGGCCAGCCGCGCACGGCCACCUGUCAUCUUCUGGCUGUCUAGCUUCACUUUCCCCACUGGCUUCCUCACUGCUGUGCUUCAGUCUUCAGCUCGCCAAAACAGUAUUUCAGUGGACAGCCUUUCUUGGGAGUUUAUCGUUUCCACUGUGGAUGACAGCAACCUAGUAUAUCCACCCAAGGAUGGUGUCUGGGUUCGAGGCCUGUACCUGGAGGGUGCUGGUUGGGAUCGCAAGAAUUCCUGCUUGGUGGAGGCAGAGCCCAUGCAGCUAGUCUGUCUCAUGCCCACAAUCCAUUUCCGGCCUGCAGAGAGCCGAAAGAAGACUGCUAAGGGCAUGUACUCCUGUCCCUGCUAUUACUAUCCCAACCGAGCAGGCAGCUCAGACAGAUCUUCCUUCGUCAUUGGCAUUGAUCUCCGGUCUGGAACCAUGACAGCUGAUCAUUGGAUCAAGAGGGGUACUGCCUUACUCAUGAGCCUGGACAACUGA